GGGGUUUCUUUAUAUAUAUAUAUAUUUUUCCUUUUUGCAAAAUGUCCAUUGCAAGAAUCGCAAGUGCACUGAGAACCAGUGCUAAAAAGACGAGCCAGCCAUGUCUCAACAAACGUUUCUUCAACACCCGAUCCAGACACCACUUGCACCGUACCGAGCCCAAAGAACCCAACUUCUCGACCAACCCAUACAAAGAAGCCAUGGAUCGUUUCAAGGAUCAAGCCAAAAUGGUAGGUAAAAUGACUGGCUAUACCAUUCUAUCCAUGACAACAGCGAUCGCCUUUGUUUGGCAAUCAUCCCAUUGGUACAUUGAAUAUGUCAUGCAUCCCACACCUUCCGAAUUAGGUUAUCAGGCACGUAAUUUACUUCACGGUGCCUAUAUCCGAGAAUCCAUCGCUCCCGAUUUCGAAGUCGCCUCAUUCUAUGUACGAGAAGCACUGCGCAUCGCUCUGGAAGAGAAGCAUCUACCCGAAUCCUCCCCUACCGUCAUCGACCUCCGACUUCGUCUGGCUCACGACGAAGCCCACGCCGGCAACCUUUUGGAGGCCAUCACCGAAUAUACCCGCGCCUGGAAAUUAAUGCUGGACGUCCAAGAGCAUUCCGUCCGUUUGAUCCAAGCUGCCAAACACGUGGGUGACUUAUACUUACGCAUUGGCGAUUUUGCUCGUGCAGAGGAAUUCUUGGCUUGGUCCCUUCAUCAGUUACCACAGGAUCAACCUUUGCUCAAAUCAAAAAUCACAUUGAAUUUGGCUAGUUUAUACGCCAUGCAACGUCACUUUCAAUUGGCUCUGCCGUUACUUUCACAAUCGUUGCAAUCCGUACCAGACGAGGCCAUUUGUUUAAAAGCCAUUGUGCAAAAUCAACUCUCGGAAGUCAUGUACGCCUUGGGUAAAACUGACGAAGCCAUGGGCUGGGCCCAGGCUGCUUUGGCAUCGUGCGCUCAAAAUGUGAAAGACCAGGAUUGCUUGCAAUGUGGUGGCGUCGCAUCCAACAAUUUGGGAAAGAUGUUGGAAAUGAAGGCUGAAUUUGAAAAGGCCCUGGAGCAUUACAAUCAGGCCGUGACUUAUUCAAUGUCAGUGCAUGACAGUGAAAGCCAUGACAGAUAUGUUCUUAAUGCAGAAAGGUUAAAAGAUUUUUUGGCAUCGAAACAAUUAGAAGAAAACUGAAAGAAAAAAAAUUAUUUAUUUGUAUAAAGAAGACAUAAAAAAAAAUCAUAUAGGGUAUUUUUUUUUUUUUUUUUUGGAGUAGGAGGGGUAUAGAAAGGAGUGUAUGAAAAAAAAAAAGAGGCUUAAAAGGGAUCGUAUGG